AUGGCUUCUGCAACCAGAUCUCUACCCAUCCUCUCUCUCCAAGCAGCAGAAGCAGCAGCCUCAGCAUCACAACAAAAAGCCAAAGAACUAGGCAUAGACGUCAACAUCGCCAUCGUAGACAGCACACUCCACCUCCUCCAUUUCACCCGCAUGCCAACCGCAAAACUCACUUCCAUCUCCAUCGCCAUCAACAAAGCCUUUACGGCAGCUGGCCACCGUCUCCCCACCUCCCACUACAACUCCCCCACUUUUUUCCCCGGCGGCGUGGGUUGGGGUAUUCAGUAUAGUAAUGGAGGCAGGUUUUGCACUUUGACGGGUGGUGUGCCGAUUUUGGUUGAGGGCGAGGUAGUGGGGGCGAUUGGGGUGAGUAGUGGGAGUGCGGGGGAGGAUGUGCAGGUUGCUGAGGCGGGGAUGAGAGCGGUGGAGGGGAUGGUUGGGAGGGCGAGGGGUGCGAAAUUGUAG